CUCUCUCUCUCUCUCUUUCUUUAUUUCAUAUUUUCCAAUUAGAUGCUUGAAAAGAUAGAUACGACAUACACAGGGACAGAUAUGGAUUUAAUUCAUACUGGCUCUCAUACGCUGGUCGAUGAAUAUCAUGGCUUUUCCGAUAAAACCAACAACCAUUCCAUAACACCAGAAGACACUAGCUUGGAAGAAAAAAAGAUCCUCAAAUCCUUGGAUAUUCAUAUGAUGCCAUUGUUCUGUAUUUUUUAUUUUGUAGAUUUUCUCGACCGUGCCAAUAUCGGUAACGCAACUUUGGCGGGCAUUCAAGAUGAUUUACAUCUGACGCCUGCUCAAUUAAGUACUGCUAUCUCUGCUUUUUACAUUACCUACAUUAUCUUUGAGGUGCCAUCUAAUAUGGUUUUAAAGCGAACGAACGCCGUCAUGUGGCUCUCAUCUAUUAUGCUCUUGUGGGGGUUCAUGACUGUCAUUAUGGCGUUUGCUCACAACUUUGCUGGCCUUCUCGUCUGCCGUCUAUUACUCGGUGCGGCGGAAAGCGGUUAUGUACCUGGUAUCCUUUACAUGAUGUCCAAAGUUUAUCGACCACGCGAAUUUGGACUGCGUGUUGCUUUAUUGAUCUGUAUGUCGUCGAUUGCAGGCAUUGUAUCUGGUCCUAUUGCCUAUGGUACUUCUUUUUUGGAAGGCAAAGGCGGACUACACGGGUGGCAAUACUUAUUUAUCAUUGAAGGUAUUCCUACCGUCAUUCUUAGCGUCAUCUCCUUUUUUUACUUGUUUGAUGAUGUGCAAAAGGUGCCUUGGUUGAGUGUCCGACAAAAGGCACUGCAUCAACAAUACACACAGACACCCAAAGGCCAAGGAAGCAGUACAUGGGUGUGCUUUGUAAAAUCAUUAAAGGAUUGGAAAACCACCAUGUUUUCCGUGGUGUAUUUCUUGAAUGCAAUCACGGUUGUGAGUUGUCAAGUGUUUAUCCCUACCAUUAUUGAUGGCUUUGGGUUUCCUGUAUUGACAUCACAAUUGUUAUCAGCACCUCCGUAUGUGAUGCAGACCGUCAUGAUUAUUGCAGGUGGCUAUAUGGCGGAUAAGUAUACUAAUAAACGGGGUGUCUUGAUGGCUACCGGGUUCUUUAUUGCUGCUGUAGGUUACAUGUUGUUGAUUGUGUUGGAAAGUCGAUGGUCUCGAUAUGCCUCUUUAUUUGUGAUAGCAUCGGGAAUAGGCUUACAAGCUCCUGCUAAUGUUGGGUGGUCCUCGAUUAAUUUCCCUGACUUGGAGAUACGUGUGAUUGCAGUUGCAAUUGUAGUGAUGGUGGGUAAUUCAGGGGGUAUUGUUUCCUCCUACCUCUAUCCGCUUUCCGACGGCCCUCACUACUACUUUGGAAAUAUUUUUAAUUUAGUCUGUGGUGUGAUUGGUGCACUAUGGUCCGGUUUAACAAGUUACUUACUCUACCGAGAGAACAAGAAGAUGGACCGUCAGUACCAAGAAUUCGGAAGUGAGACGGGAAGAGACAAUGGACAGGAGGAGGAGGGGCAGCAUCAGCAGCAGACACAAUUUAGAUAUUACUAUUAGAAACAUUCAUAUUAUUUUAUAUUUAUUCAGACAUUAAAAAAAAAAGAAAAAAAAAAGAGAAAGAGAGAGAGAGG